UUGGAGGCACGUCAGAUGUUUACUGAGCACAGAGUAGACUCUAGUCUGGCAAAGUCAUCAGCUGAAGACCUGCAUCUGGAAACCAACAUGACGCUCAGGGAUAAAGGGUGUUUCCCAUGUGAAUUCUGCUCAAAGAUUUGUAAAGCCAAGAUUCUUCUAGAAAUACACAUGCGUGUUCAUUCUAGUGAAAGACCUUUCAGGUGUGGAAUGUGCUUAAAAGAGUUCUCAACCAAGGGUAACAUUAAAAGACACAUGCAGAUCCACACUGGAGAAAAUGCUUUCAAAUGUGAAGUGUGCAACAAAUGUUUUAAGUAUUGUUCCCACUUAAACCUACAUAUGUUGAUUCAUACAGGCAAGACACCUUUCAAAUGUGAAGUCUGUUCCAAAUGUUUUCUACACUGUUCCCACUUAAAACAACAUAUGUUGGUUCAUACUGGUGAGAAACCUUUCAAAUGUGAAGUGUGCACAAAAUGUUUUUCACUGAGUUUCAGCUUAAAGCAGCACAUGUCGAUUCAUACUGGUGAGAAACCUUUCAAAUGUGAAGUGUGCACAAAAUGUUUUAGAAAAAAUUCCCUCUUGAACGAACAUGUGCAGAUUCAUACUGGGGAAAAACCUUUUAAAUGUGAUGUCUGUUCGAAAUGUUUUCUACAGUGUUCCAACUUAAAGCGGCAUAUGUUGGUUCAUACUGGUGAGAAACCUUUCAAAUGUGAAGUGUGCGCAAAAUGUUUUACUCAGAGUUCCAGCUUAAGACAACAUAUGUUGAUUCAUACUGGGGGGAACUGAACUGACGAUGCAGACUGAGUGGCAUGACUCUAGACAAAAAAAUGUAUUCAUCUCUGAUGAGUAUCUUGUGACUGAAGAAAAAGAAGUAGACAAGUAAUCCAGCUUUUAAUUAUUUAUUCGUUCAUGUUCUUAGUUGACACACACACACACACACACA